AUGGUGUCCCAGUCAAGCCAUGCGACGCCGAACGAACUGCUCGAACCGCAGCCCUCGCAGCAGCAGCCGCAUCGAAAAAAGAGCAAAAGAGCCGCAAACUGGGUGGCACAGGCUCGCUCUCGUGCUACUGGGACACUGAGGCGUACGCUAUUCGGCCAGAAAUCGAAGUCUGCCAGGGCUCGAGAUGCCGAGAGCAUCAUACCCGAAGAGGACGAUGACUAUACGCAGACCAACUAUGACACUGUGAAGUCGUUACCGGCCACUGGCCAUUAUGGAAAAAGCCGUGUUGGUCACCACCUGCAUGUGGAUGUGGAAGGGCACCUUGGCCUGCCACCAAUGCCCCCAUACUCCCAACCACCAGUGGUUAUUCUGAAAUUACCCAGAAGACGUCAAAGCGGACAGCAAUGUCGCAUCUCGCCAGUGGCUCGCGUCACCGUCUACGACCCAACUUUUGACUUCUAUGCAUGGCAGGCAGCACUUGAUGAAACUGAGUAUAGUCAAGACGCCGUUUAUUCAUUGUUCAUGAAAGCCCACAGGUGUUACGACCUUAUUCCGACAUCAACAAAAUUGGUCGUCUUUGACACCCAGCUGCCGGUAAGCUUUAUUACCACAUUUUAAUU